AUGGCGUCCACUUCUACCACUGGUAGUCGGUUAGAGACUGAAGAUUCAAAUGCUUUUGAAGAAAUCGCACCUCCGUCUGCAUGUUCUUCUGCUACAGUCCCAGGACCAUGGGAUAUAUUUAUUAAUCAUCGUGGACCAGAUGUCAAAGUCACGCUGGCCAGAGCAAUCUACAAUGCCCUCCAUGCCAUGGGUUUCAGGGUAUUCCUUGAUUCCGAGGAGCUUCAGUUGGGAAACUUCUUGCCUGAAGCACUGCAAGAAGCAAUGCUUGGUGCAUCCCUUCAUGUAGCAAUUUUCUCUCCCGGUUAUGCACAAUCGCCAUGGUGCCUUGCCGAGCUAUCCUUUAUGCUCAAGUCUGGCAAGCCUAUUAUUCCUGUCUUCUAUUGUGUUGAACCUACCGAUCUACGAGGGGUGGCUCAAGGAAAAGGAGUGUAUGUGAAUGCUUUCUUGGAGCAUGAAGGAAAGAGUAGAUACAGCUUUAAAAAGAUUGAGGAGUGGAAGAUGGCACUCCACAAGGCCUCACUUAAAGAGGGUGAAAUCAUAAAAAAUGACAAGAAGUAA